GUUACAAUAGUCUAAAUGCAAUGGAUGAAUAUUGAAUUAAUAUCCUAGCCAUCUUGCCAAAAUAUCAACCCAAUUUUGGUAACAAAAAUCAUUUUUAUUUCACAUAUAUACAAUUAUUUGCUGUCAAUAAUAUCUCAAUUCAAUUACUUGUUGAUUUGCUGUCAAUACUAUCUCAAUUCUAUGACAUGUUGAUGUGAUGUCAAUAAAAUCCAUUAUGGACUGUAAGGUAUACAAAAGUGGACUCUCACUGUAUCCUUAGGGUUUAGGGUGAUCUAGCCCUAUAUAUAUCCUUCUAUAUACCUAAAACUAUUCAUCCCUUCUUCUAAAUACAUAUAUAAAAAAAAAAAAAAAAAAAAAAAAACCACUUAAAAACCCUUCUUUUAGUUCAAAGAGGAAAACCCUAGAUCUUCUCCAUUGUAGAAAUGGCUAGAAAAAAAGUGAAGCUAGCAUUCAUAGAAAAUGCAACUUCAAGGAAAGCUACAUCUUCAAAACGUACAAAGGGGUUAGUAAAAAAGACUCAGGAACUUAGUGUAUUGUGUGACAUAGAUGCUUGUGCUAUCAUAUUUGCGAAAGAUGCCCAAGUUCCAGUGGUGUGGCCUUCAUCUGAGGCCGAAAUAAAAAGAAUUAUCUCCAAUUACAGAGAUAAUUCUGAUAUGUAUCAAUUGCAAAGGCAAUUAGAUCAACAAUCAUUGUCAGAAGUAAAUGUUAUAAAGACUGAAGAGAAGGUAGAAAGGAUUCAAAGGAAGAACCGAGAUUUACAAAUAGAAAAUAUGGUCACUGACAUAAUGACUGGAAAAUCUACAAUCGAACAAGUCGACCCUUGCGAUUUGAGUGACUUGAUUUUAGUCCUAGAGAAUCGAAUGAAGUCCGUCCAACAUCGAUUAAAGGUUUUUGGAAAGAAUAGCAAUCCUCGUUCCCAAGGUGAUAGGACGAUGGAGGCUAGUACGUCAGGGGCUAAUCAUACCAGCCAAUGAUACUUCAUUGGGUGUUUCUUAGCUUGCAGCCAAUCCUCGCAAUCUUUGUUUGUUGUUGUUAUUUGUUUCGUUAUUGUUUUUUUUUUGUUGCCGUUGUUCUUCUUAUUGUUAUCGUCUUCAAUUUAUCUUGUAUUUCUGCAAGCCUAAGAUUUAAAUGGAGAAUUGGAUCGGAUUGGUUUUAAUGACUGAUUUUUCAUCCUAAAAUAUGUUAUUCAUUUUAAUAAUGCAUCUAUGAUAUACUUCCCCCGUUUUCAAAUUUAAUAAUCC